AUGGAAAGUGUUCCUAUUGGCACUAAUAGUGGUCAUGAUACACAGGGUGAGGACUUCUCAUUCAUGAAGGAAGAUCUUUAUGAUACUAAGGAGAAAUUGAUCCAUGCGCUUCGCUCUUAUGCCAUUGCAAAAAAUGUCAAGUUUAGGCCAACCAAAAAUAACACAACAAGCUAUAAUAUGCCCAUACCAGACGUCACCAUGAUCGAGCAUUCACAGAGUCAUUCGGCUUGGGUCAUUGAGAAUGCGAGAGUACUAGAGCUGAUCGCUCAGGCCGGUUUCCGGGAGUGUUCGACGGUCCGAUAUAUUAGGCUUGAUUGGCCGCUUAUCACUACACUGAUUGAGAGGUGGAGGCCAGAGACCAACAUCUUUCACAUGCAUAUAGGGGAGUACACUAUCACCUUACAGGACGUGGCCGUCAUACUUAGGCUCCGGAUCGAUGGACCGGUUCCCGACUUGAGGAGUGGUGCGAUGAAGCUAUCGUGGCUUCGUCAGACAUUUCAGGGCGACAUACCAGAAGAUGCCAGUAUGGAGACGCUUCAGUUUCAUGCUCCCUUGUGUGAACCCAGGGCGUCACAGCUGGGUAGAGUAUCCCUGAUGCAGAAUAAAGAAUUCAAGGGAUGCUGCACAUUGAUACAGAUUUGGUCAUGGGAGCACAUUCAUAUUGGACGACCUACUUUACUUGUGCACCGUGACCUACAGGGGCAAUUUUCUUUGGCAUACAGGUAUAACGUGCGGUACGCUAAGUACCGAUCAGCGACGAGCCAUCGUGAGUUUUACCGAAAUGAGCUUGAUGGCCUCCAGCAUGAACAGUUCAGGUGGACACCUUACUCACCGCCGGAUCUCGAUAUGCAUUCUCUUGCACCCAUCUGCCGAGAUACUCCCGACUUGUGGAGAGCCAGAGUUCCAUUGAUUUGUUGGGAGAUCGUGGAGAUGCAUGUCCCUGGCCGUGUGCUACGGCAGUUUACGCUCUCUCAGCAUGUGCCAGAUCCUGUCGAGCAGAUCGAUCGUCGGCGGUGGCCUACUUCGCACCGUACCGACUGGGCUAUAGUCCGUGCGGCCUACAUAGACUGGUGGGCUCACAGGUAG